AUGGCGCCAUUCGACCUCGAUGCCUGCAUCGACCGUCUGCGCAACAAGCAGCUGCUGGGCGAGGCGCUCAUCCGCGAGAUUUGCGAAAAGACCAAAGAGGUCCUCAUGCGCGAGAGCAAUGUCGUCCAUGUGUCCUCGCCGGUCACCGUCGUCGGAGACAUUCAUGGUCAAUUUCAUGACCUCAUAGAAAUAUUCCGGAUAGGCGGUCAGGCUCCCAACACCAACUACCUUUUCUUGGGUGACUACGUGGAUCGAGGAUUGCACUCGGUAGAGACAAUAUCCCUCUUGACUUGCCUCAAACUUCGUUAUCCUGAACGAAUCCAGCUCAUUCGGGGCAAUCACGAGUCCAGAGCCGUCACCCAGACGUAUGGCUUCUACCUCGAGUGCACAAGAAAAUAUGGGUCACCGGCAGUAUGGCAAUACUUUACCGACAUGUUUGACUUUCUCACGCUCAGUGUCGUGAUCGACGACGCUAUCUUUUGUGUCCACGGCGGUCUCAGCCCUUCAAUCCAUCAAAUCGACCAGAUCAAGAUCAUAGACCGCUUUAGAGAGAUACCGCACGAAGGGCCCAUGGCCGACCUUGUGUGGUCAGAUCCAGAUCCAGAGAAGGAAGAUUUUGCCAUCAGUCCGAGAGGAGCCGGAUAUACAUUCGGGGCAUCUAUCGUCAAGAAAUUCCUCCACCUCAACGGCAUGAAUCAUGUUUUACGCGCCCAUCAACUUUGUAUGGAAGGAUACUCUGUACUGUACAACGACCAGCUGAGCACAGUAUGGAGCGCUCCCAAUUACUGUUACAGGUGUGGGAACAUGGCAAGUAUACUCGAGGUGUCGCCAGGAGGGAGGAGGUUCUUCAAUGUGUUUAGCGCCGCUCCCGAAAAUGAGCGAGAUGGACCGAGUCAGCAGCAGCCAGGAAAGCAAAUCGAAUACUUUUUAUAA